AUGUUUCCCAUGCCGACACCAUACGAGUUCACCGAUCCUAUUCACUUUCAAAGAAUGUUUUCACGUCUUAUUGUUGGGGCGGGUGAUGAAAUGAAAAAUAAACAGAAUAAUGAUUACAAUAAUAACAAGGAAAACGAUCAAAUGCGUCUAAAGAGUAGAGAAAUCUUCAAGCAUUCACCAUGUCUAACACAAUAG